UUUUGCAGCAAAAAAGCUAUCCUACGGUUUCCGGCUUCUCCUAAACCCUAGCUCGUCCUGCUGUUCUCGGCCGGGUUAUUUGAUGGCUAGGCUCACCUAAAUCGAAAUCCCUAAAUCUUUUUCUCUUCUCUUCUCCAGCAAAAACCUAUCCUCCACUUUCCUGCUUCUCCUAAACCCUAGCUCUUCCUGCUGUUCUUAGCUCAGAGAUGUAUCUAUACAGUCUUACUCUGCAACAGGCGACCGGAAUCAUAUGCGCCAUCAACGGAAACUUCUCCGGCGGUAAAACACAGGAGAUUGCAGUUGCUCGCGGCAAGAUUCUCGAUCUUCUCCGUACGGACGAGAACGGUAAGAUCGAGACGAUUCACUCUGUGGAAGUAUUUGGUGCCAUUAGAUCCUUAGCUCAGUUUAGAUUGACUGGUGCGCAGAAGGAUUAUAUCGUGGUUGGCUCAGAUUCGGGUAGGAUUGUUAUACUUGAGUACAACAAGGAGAAGAAUGUGUUCGAUAAAGUUCAUCAAGAGACUUUUGGGAAGUCAGGCUGCCGAAGAAUCGUGCCUGGGCAGUAUUUGGCUGUUGAUCCCAAAGGUAGAGCAGUAAUGGUGGGAGCUUGCGAGAAGCAGAAAUUGGUUUAUGUCUUGAACAGAGAUACUUCUGCUAGGUUAACGAUUUCUUCUCCCUUGGAGGCUCACAAGUCUCAUACUAUUUGCUAUUCUGUCUGUGGUGUGGACUGUGGCUUUGACAACCCGAUAUUUGCAGCCAUUGAGCUUGAUUACUCUGAGGCAGAUCAGGAUCCCACUGGUCAGGCAGCAAGUGAGGCUCAGAAGCACUUGACUUUCUAUGAGCUCGAUUUGGGGCUCAACCAUGUUUCUAGAAAGUGGUCAGAACCGGUUGACAAUGGUGCCAACAUGCUUGUUACUGUUCCUGGAGGAGCUGAUGGCCCGAGUGGAGUUUUGGUUUGCGCUGAGAAUUUUGUUAUUUAUAAGAAUCAGGGUCAUCCAGAUGUGAGAGCUGUGAUUCCUAGACGAACUGAUUUGCCUGCUGAACGAGGAGUUUUGGUGGUUUCUGCUGCCAUGCACAAGCAAAAAACCAUGUUUUUCUUUCUUAUUCAGACUGAGUAUGGGGAUGUUUUCAAGGUUACUCUGGACCAUGAUGGCGAUCAUGUCUCGGAGUUGAAGAUCAAAUAUUUUGACACAAUCCCUGUCGCUGCGUCUAUAUGUGUGUUGAAGUUGGGAUUUCUUUUUGCUGCUUCAGAAUUCGGGAACCACGGGUUGUAUCAGUUUCAGGCGAUAGGGGAGGAACCUGAUGUAGAGUCUUCGUCUUCUAGUCUGAUGGAGACCGAAGAAGGAUUCCAGCCCGUCUUUUUCCAGCCUAGACGACUUAAGAACCUUGUAAGGAUUGACCAAGUCGAGAGUCUGAUGCCGCUCAUGGACAUGAAAAUCCUUAACCUUUUUGAGGAAGAGACCCCUCAGAUCUUUUCACUUUGUGGAAGGGGUCCACGUUCCUCCUUAAGGAUAUUGAGACCUGGUUUGGCCAUCAGCGAGAUGGCCGUCUCUCAGCUUCCAGGUCAGCCAAGUGCUGUGUGGACGGUGAAAAAGAAUGUGAGUGAUGAGUUUGAUGCAUAUAUCGUUGUCUCUUUUACCAAUGCUACUCUGGUUCUUUCAAUUGGUGAAACAGUCGAAGAAGUUAAUGACAGUGGGUUCCUUGAUACUACCCCUUCCCUGGCUGUCUCUCUGAUCGGUGAUGAUUCUCUCAUGCAAGUUCAUCCCAAUGGUAUCCGCCACAUUAGAGAAGAUGGGCGUAUUAAUGAAUGGAGAACUCCUGGCAAGAGGUCUAUUGUUAAAGUUGGGUAUAAUAGGCUUCAAGUGGUCAUUGCAUUGAGUGGCGGAGAGCUUAUAUACUUUGAGGCAGAUAUGACUGGUCAGCUGAUGGAGGUUGAGAAACAUGAGAUGUCUGGAGAUGUUGCUUGCCUGGAUAUUGCGCCAGUUCCUGAAGGAAGACAAAGAUCUCGCUUUCUUGCAGUGGGAUCUUACGAUAACACUGUGCGCAUUCUAUCUCUGGAUCCCGAUGACUGUCUGCAGAUUCUUAGCGUGCAGAGUGUCUCUUCAGCUCCAGAGUCUCUGCUAUUCCUCGAAGUUCAGGCAUCGAUUGGUGGGGAGGACGGUGCUGAUCACCCGGCUAGUCUCUUCCUCAACUCUGGUUUGCAGAACGGUGUUCUAUUCAGGACAGUGGUGGAUAUGGUGACUGGUCAGCUUUCUGAUUCCCGUUCUCGAUUCUUGGGGCUGAAGCCUCCCAAGUUGUUCUCCAUUGGUGUGAGAGGUCGGUCUGCAAUGCUGUGUUUGUCUAGCCGGCCUUGGCUUGGUUAUAUUCACCGGGGACACUUCCACUUGACGCCUCUUUCUUAUGAGACUUUGGAAUUUGCUGCACCCUUUUCAUCGGAUCAGUGUGCUGAAGGUGUUGUCUCUGUCGCUGGGGAUGCUCUGAGAAUCUUCAUGUUUGAUCGCCUUGGCGAAACGUUCAAUGAAACUGUGGUUCCUCUGAGGUACACGCCUAGAAAGUUUGUGGUACAUCCCAAGCGGAAGCUGUUGGUUAUUAUCGAGAGUGACCAGGGAGCAUUCACCGCAGAAGAGCGUGAAGCAGCGAGAAAGGAAUUCUUCGAGGCUGGUGGAGUGGGAGAAAAUGGUAAUGGCAAUGCAGAUCAGAUGGAGAAUGGUGCGGAUGAUGAAGACAAGGAAGACCCACUUUCCGAUGAGCAGUAUGGUUAUCCAAAAGCAGUGUCAGAGAAGUGGGUUUCUUGCAUCAGAGUUCUUGACCCUAAGACAGCCUCAACAACUUGUCUGCUUGAACUUCAGGACAACGAAGCUGCAUACAGUGUCUGUACGGUGAAUUUCCAUGAUAAAGAGUAUGGUACUCUGUUGGCUGUUGGUACGGUCAAGGGGAUGCAGUUCUGGCCCAAGAAGAGUCUAGUGGCUGGGUUCAUACAUAUAUAUAGGUUUGUGGAGGAUGGGAAAUCUCUUGAGCUUCUUCAUAAGACACAAGUAGAAGGCGUUCCUCUUGCUCUAUGCCAGUUCCAGGGAAGACUGUUGGCAGGAAUCGGGCCUGUCCUCAGAUUGUAUGAUUUGGGGAAAAAGAGACUGCUUAGGAAAUGUGAAAACAAGCUUUUUCCAAACACCAUUAUCUCUAUCCAGACUUACCGUGACCGUAUCUACGUUGGUGACAUUCAGGAGUCUUUCCACUACUGCAAGUACAGACGCGAUGAAAACCAGCUAUACAUAUUUGCGGAUGAUUGCGUGCCGAGAUGGUUGACAGCAUCGCACCAUGUGGAUUUCGACACAAUGGCAGGUGCAGAUAAAUUUGGGAACGUGUACUUCGUGCGGUUGCCUCAGGAUAUAUCGGAGGAGAUAGAAGAAGACCCAACAGGCGGGAAAAUCAAAUGGGAGCAAGGAAAGCUGAAUGGAGCACCAAACAAAGUGGAUGAGAUUGUGCAGUUCCACGUUGGGGACGUUGUGACGUGUUUGCAGAAAGCUUCGAUGAUACCGGGAGGAUCAGAAUCCAUAAUGUAUGGAACAGUGAUGGGAAGCAUUGGAGCAUUGCACGCAUUCACAUCACGUGAUGAUGUCGAUUUCUUUUCUCAUCUGGAAAUGCAUAUGAGGCAGGAGCAUCCUCCUCUCUGCGGGAGAGACCACAUGGCUUACAGAUCUGCUUACUUUCCGGUCAAGGACGUGAUUGAUGGAGAUCUCUGCGAGCAGUUUCCGACGCUUCCUAUGGAUAUGCAGAGGAAGAUAGCCGACGAGUUGGAUCGCACACCUGCAGAGAUUUUGAAGAAGCUUGAGGACGCCAGAAAUAAAAUUAUUUGAGUCUUAAAACAAAAAGUGUCUGUGGUUUUUGUUAAAAGAGGAGAAAGUAGAGAAAGAUAUUUUGUUUUUAAGUUCAUGUUUGUAACAACUUCUGUGCUUGUUUCUCUAGUUCAUAAGGCAGAAUGAUGCACUUAUUUGAUGUGAAAGUCAUGUCUUCUUCUUGGGUC